UAUUAUUUCUCGAAAAAUUUCUUGCUUAGACCGGAUUUCCAUGUAUCUUUCUCACAAUAACUCCGCUAUCCAUAAACGGCGGAGUUCACUGAUGUAAGAGUAAUCGGUCUAGACAUGAAAUUUAUGUCAUUAGCUACUCAUCACUAGCUAGGAAAUUUAAGUCAGUCCAUAUUAGUCCUAUUAGUGGGCUAUCUACACAUUAUAGGAUAGGAAAUGCAUCAAACCGAACCAACUAAAAAAUCAAACUACAACGUAAAUAGUCAGUUCAGUUUCCUUAUUAUAUAUAAAGGCAACUAAAUCGAACCGAACUGAACAGAACUUACCAUUCUAACUUAGUUCGGUUUAUAUUUACUUCCAAAACCGAUUGCGUGUUACCUUUUUCCCCAUAUACCGAACCGAGAAACACGAAAUGCACACUUCUAAUUCUUUGUAGACUUUCAUUUCUGUUCUUUCGGUUCUGAAUGUUCUAACGGAGGAUAAUGACCCUAAGAUAAGUUUCUGUGUCCCAGUGACCCCUCCAUUAGGGUCUAUUCGCAUCCCACCAAUUUUUGUAUCUAUUUUGUCCACUAAACUGUUCAUAACUUGUUGGACCAUUUAGAAAAGUAUGCCAUGCCAAAGCUGGGUCACUCCACUAAAUUAUUGUUUCAUUACAAGGAAGUUACUGUAAAGUAGUUGAAUGAUCAAAGUUUCUAAAUACACAAAAUGGUUUUCACCGACAUAAUUUAGUGGCAGGAACGUUUUUCUCGUAGCCGGAAGUUUCACAAUCAAACCUAUAGUUGUCAAAAUUGUACAAAAUUGGUAGAAAAUUCUCCAAAUUUCUCACUCCACUUUGUCAAAUUUCUAAGUCAACUGCCGUGUUAGAAAAAUAGAACAGUUUAAUAUAUAUUGUAAAGACAAAUUCAUAAAAAAGAAAACAUAAGCAGUUGACCACCUUAAUAUUUUACUAAAAGAAAUUGUUUCUUGGCGAAUUUUGCAUGGCGAAUUUUGCUCUAUUACUCUUCUUUUUCUUUCUGUGUCACCUUGGAUUGUACUCCGCUCAAGAAACGGAACCUCCUCAAGGCUGCCCGAGAUUUUCUUGUGGGAAGAAGCUCGGCGAACUUAAGUUCCCCUUCACUACAAGAAACCGUUCUGCACAUUGCGGUCUCUUAACGGUGGAUGGCUGCGAUAGCGACCACGAUAUAAAGAAGAUACAGUUGCAGAAGGAAGGAAGAUGGUAUGAAGUGAGAAAUAUCUUCCAGUCGAAUACUAUCGAUAUUCACGACGAGAAUUUCUCAAAUCAAUUGCAGUCUCGUGACUGCGAAAAUCUCAAUAAUUUUAGUCUACCUAGCUCACCUUCUCUCACUUUUUGGAUCAAUCCAAAUCUGACAUUGUUCAAAUGCAACCACAAGCUCAUGACCAGUGAUCCUUCCUUAUUAGAGUACAAAGGUUGCACUAACUCGAGCAUCUAUUAUACUCGUAAACAAGAAAAUUUACCGAGUCUUCCACCUCAGUGUUCGCUUAUUCAGCUUCCCAUGCAUCGAGAUGGAACUAACAGAGACAUAUUUGAACAGCUAACUGCUAACUUUACACUCGAAGUUCGUGUAUCUCGUUCUUGUAUAAACUGUCAUUAUGGAGGAGGAGAUUGUAAGGUUGAUGGCAAGGGAAAUUUCUAUUGUGCUAACUUAAAAGUAAAAGAAACGAACAGACGGGGAUUGAAGCUGGGCUUAGGAUUAGGUGGAGGCAUUGGAUUACUAGCCUUAUUGUCGUCCCUUUACAUAUUCAGGAAUCGCUUAAAGAAGAGAAUAAAUUCUUCCUCAAACUUCAUAUCAUCAAAUUCCUUUUCCAAUAUGUCCUCGAGAUCAGAUGUAGAAGACGGCGGUGUCUACUUCGGCAUUCCCCUAUUCUCCUACACUGAACUCGAAAAAGCCACUAGUAGUUUUGACAGAAAAAAGGAGCUCGGAGAUGGAGGGUUCGGAACUGUCUAUCAUGGUAAGCUCAAAGAUGGACGAGAGGUUGCAGUCAAGCGUCUGUAUGAGCACAACUACCGAAGGGUCGAACAAUUCAUGAACGAAAUUGAAAUCCUCACACGUCUGCGCCACAAAAAUCUCGUUACUCUUUAUGGAUGCACUUCGCGUCGCAGCCGUGAGCUCCUACUUGUAUAUGAAUACAUUCCUAAUGGAACGGUUGCUGAUCAUCUCCAUGGUGAUAGGGCGAAGUCUAGUCCGCUAACAUGGCCUAAUCGAAUGAGCAUAGCAAUAGAAACAGCGACUGCGUUGGCUUACCUUCAUGCUUCGGAUAUCAUACAUCGUGAUGUCAAAACUAAUAAUAUUCUUCUUGACAAUAACUUCUGUGUGAAAGUUGCUGAUUUCGGCCUCUCCAGGCUGUUCCCUACCGAUGUUACUCAUGUCUCAACAGCCCCGCAAGGUACUCCAGGCUACGUCGAUCCGGAGUAUCAUCAAUGUUAUCAGCUUACAGAUAAAAGUGAUGUCUAUAGCUUCGGAGUUGUGUUGGUUGAACUGAUUACAUCAAUGCCUGCUGUUGAUAUUAGCAGGCACAGACACGAGAUCAAUCUGGCUAACUUAGCAGUGAACAAGAUUCAAAAAUGUGAAUUCGACGAGUUGAUUGAUCCGUCUUUUGGAUAUAAGUCGGAUGAAGAAGUCAAAAGAAUGACAAUCUUGGUAGCAGAGUUAGCAUUUAGAUGUUUGCAACAAGAUAAAGAACUGAGACCAUCAAUGGAUGAAGUUCUGGAGGAAUUACAACAAAUCGAACAUAAAGAUAAUCCGGAAGAGGUGCGAGAUGGCAAUAAUGAAACACCAGCACAUAUGCUGUCACAACAUUCACCAACAUGUUGCGAUGAGGCUUCACUGUUGAAAGAAAUGAAAAUGCCGCCGCCUUCACCAAACACCGUAACUGCUCCAUGGGCUAGUACUAGUAGUUGCUCUACUACACUUAAUAUCAGCAGUUGAAGAUUUCUACCUCCAUUCUGCUUAUUUUUCGAAAAGGGUGACGAGGGUGUGAUUAACAUUCAGUAUCAGAUUGAAAUUAGUUUUAUCAAGUAUCAAACUCUUAGUUUCUCUUGUUGUUCAUAGAGAUAAAUCAACAAGGUACAGCAUCAGUAGACAAUGUUUAAGGGAGUGUAUAUAGUAAGCAGAGGUAAUAGUUAUAUGGGUUAAUUCCUAAAAAAAUCACGAACUUUACACGAAAUUUCAUUUUAAUCAUGACCUUUAAAAGUUGCCAUUUAAAGGCACAAACUUUCAUUUUAUUUCAAAUCUAUCAUUUCAGUGUAUUUUUGUUGACUAAAUUCUUUAAUAAAUCAUUAAUGAAAGACCCAAAUUAUAAAUCGACAUUAAAUCUUAUUAUCUUUUAGUUAUAGUAUAUAGGAUUAGGAAUUUUUUGUUCGAUAAAAUACAUCGGAUUUUACUUUGGCGAUAGAUUUGAAACAAAAUGAAAGUUCGUGCCUUUAAAUGACAACUUUUAAAGUUCAUGAUUAAAAUGAAACUUCGUGUAAAGUUCGUGAUUUUUUUAGAAAUUAACCCUAGUUAUAUUAUCCCAAUGUCCAUAUUCUAAAUCUGAAUUAUGUUGUCCACAAAAUAAGAAAUCUUCAUUUGUAACAGAAACAAAGAAGAGUAAAACUCAAUUCUCUGAUCAUGUAAAAGUAACAGCAGUUUUGUUUUUUCA